GGAAAGAUUUUUGUGCUGCGCCCGGAAAUGAAAUAACGAAUGUAGUUUUCAGCUCACUGCUGAUGGAGCUCGCGCUGUGGCGGGUGAUGCAGCGACGCUAUGAGCCUGGUCCGCAAACGGAAGUCCAUCUCCGUCAAAGCUGGCGGAGCCUCCAAGGCAACGCGCGCAGAGAAGCUACCGGCACCCGAACCUCCGGCAUCCACCAAUGCAUCGCCUCCUACAGUUGAAGACUGUCAAGAGGACAGGAGCCCGGAGGAGGGACAGAGCACGUUGCCAUGCCGACUCGGGGCAAAGGUCAGGGGUCAAGGCCAGGGCCCCCUUCAGGAAUCUGAUGCUCGGGGGCACGGCAGCAGAGAGGGGGGGUCUCGCCUCUGUUCCAGCCCCUCCUGGCCACGCCCCUCGACCGAGGAGGAGAUGACUGACACAGACCUGCUGGUCAUCGUCACUGAGGAACAGUGCAGGACGCGCCAGGGAGUCCGAAAGAAAGGAGGCGGGGCAAAGAGGAAGAGGAGACCGGCCGAGGACCAAUCAGAAGAAAGUCAGAGUGAAGAGCCGGGCUCAGAGGUGGAGAUUGACAGGCAGCUGGACCAACAGCUGGAGAACAAGUCCAAACAGCACAACCUCACCACUACCAACGUGCGCAACAUCAUUCAUGAAGUGAUCACCAACGAGCAUGUGGUGGCCAUGAUGAAGGCUGCCAUCAACGAGACCGAGGCUGUGCCUGUGUUUGAGCCCAAAAUGACCCGCUCUAAACUGAAAGAGGUGGUGGAGAAAGGAGUGGUCAUCCCAGCAUGGAACAUCUCCCCCAUUAAGAAGGCCAUUGAAGUCAAGGCGCCCCAGUUUGUGGACAUCCCCCUGGAAGACGAGGACUCCUCUGAUGAAGAGUACCGCCCCGACGAGGAAGAGGAGGAUGAGACGUGUGAAGAUACGUUCCAGGAGAGUGACAUGGAGAGCACAGCCUCGUCUCCCAGGGGAGUCAGAGCAGGGAUCCUCAGAGCUGCCAGCCAGGAGGAGGAACACAGCUCCCUGCAGGUGUACAAUCACAAAGCGAGACGUCGUAUGGGCCCGCCCCUUCCUCCCCCUGGCCCGCCCAUCAGACCGCCCCCAGACUCCAGCUUCCUGGAGAAGCUCCACGCCGUGGAGGAGGAGCUAGCCAUAGGUCCCGUCCCCGCCUGCAUGGAACCCUUUCAGCCUCUGGCCCCAGCAGAGGACAGUGUGAUGGCGUGGAGGACUCGCUCCAAGCGUCCCCUCAGGGACGUCCCCCUGGGGCGCCUGGAAGCGGAGCUAAGGGCCCCUGACAUCACGCCCGACAUGUACGAGUGUGGCUCCGCCCAGGAGGACCGCGAGUGGACCCAUUGGCUGAGAGGGCUCAUGUGCUCCGACGCCGAGAACGAUGAGGAAGCUGAUGAUGAUGAUGAUCCAGAGUAUAACUUCCUGGCUGACACAGAUGAGCCUGACGUGGAGGAUUACCGUAACGACCGGGCCGUACGCAUCACCAAGAAGGAAGUGAACCAAUUGAUGGAGGAGUUGUUUGAAACGUUCCAGGAGGACCUGUGCUCUCAGGAGCAAGAUGAGGAAGGACAUGAGGAAGAGGAGGAGAGUCAGGAGGAAUCCCGCGACACACACACCUUCACCACGCCCGCUCCACCCUGCCCGCGCUGGCAGGAGCCCGUGUACCAGGAAGAAGAAGAGGACGGAGGCUUCCAGACUGUGAGGGAGCAGCUGGCAGCCAUGAGGAAGAAGAGGCUCCAGACCCCGCAACCCCUCACCCCUGCCCUCACCCUCACCCCCACCGUCAACGCCACCCAGAAACUUCAGCUGCAGCAGCAGAUACAGCAGCAUGUCCAGCUGCUCACCCAGGUCUACAUGCUGGCUAGCCCAGUAGCAGCCCUGCACAGUGAAGCUCACACCACCCUGCAGUUCCUGACUGAGCUGCAGGUGUUUGCCCAGCAGAGGGAGCUGUCCCAGGGCCCAGGCAGCAUGUUCAGGGCCUCCAACCUCCAGGGGGCGCUGUCCCUCCUGGAGGAGCUCCGCCUCCAGCCCAUCCCCUACAGCCCCAACAUCACCCAGCCCACCUCGCAGGGACGCAUCCGUAGGUACCCUCUGAUGCCCGCCCAGCUGGCCUGGCUAUUCGCCACACGUCCCGUCUUCCUGUACCCAGAGCUGCUGCCAUUGGUCAGUCUGGACCCCGCCCUCUUAGCCCCGCGAACUUUCAACUCCUUCAUCCCAGCUGAGGACUGCCUGCUGGUGCUGGGCAUGAGGAACAUGCAGGGAACCCUGAAGCCCAUGGAGAACCUGUGUCAGUACCUGCUCCGAGCCAAGGCCCCCGCACAGACCAGAGGACACCUGCUGAAGCAGAGCACGCCUCGCAGGCCCGACAGCAUCCUCAAGGUGUACUACCGGCAGAGGGUGGUGCUGCCCAUGCCCCUGGCCUGUCGCAGGGUGGAGCCUGGAGACCAGCGCCCCCCGGUGGAGAGAGACGAGGACAUCAUGCCAGCCUGGCUGAGGAGGAGUCUUCCAGUCAUCUACCCAGCUGUGAGACAAUGGAACAUGGCCGGUGAUCCCAAAAGCUCCAAAAACAAAAAGUACUACAGCUACCCCCCCGGCACCCUCUACCCAGCCCACCUCCCCGACGGCUUCAUCCUCAAACCCAGCGGCUUCAAAAACCUGCUCGUCUCAGACAGCGCCCCCAACAGGACCGGAGGAGGUACUGCGCCCCCGGGGGAGCACGCGAACAACGGACGGAAACAGCGGGCGGUCCAGGGCGCGUCGAAACCCAAGUCAAAACCUACGAGGGGGAAGUCUCGCUCGAAGACCUCCCAGAAUCCAAUGCAGGUCAUUCUCAACAGGCCCGCCUCGGGCGCUUCGUCAUUGGAUGCUCAGUGGUCAGAGUCUGCCCUAUCGGCUAAAGAGCUUGUCACUCAGAGGGUCAGCACCUUCGCUGGGCUGCACAGGCUACCCAGGUUCCUCCACACCCCUGCAUGUCCCUCCCACCCUCACGCUACAGGGUCUCAUGAGGCAGUUAGCAGGGGCACCACAGGCCCAGACCGGCCCCCUGCUACCACUCAGACUCCAUCACCUCCUCCUCCCUCCAUCCAGAUCCAGACCUCCACUCUUCAUCCCUCCCUCUUGGAAACCCUGAUGGACGGGGAAUGUGUCACCGUCGUCAUGGUGAGGAGGGAGGAGGAGGUGGGGGAGGACGAGGAGGUGCUCAAGGGAGAAGAGGAGGAGGAUUGUUACGAUGACAUGCCCCUCCUGGCACUGUCAGAGUCCUCCGCCAGUCCUGCAGGAAGCAUCGACCCCAGUGACCUCACAGAGGCGGAGUCGGAGAAAGGUCAAGAGGUCACACUGGUGCCGUGCCGUGGGCAGUCGGACGUGGGGGGCGGAAUCGGAGAGGGACAAAAGGAAGUCCAAGGGGAAGAGGGGCACAAUGGAGGGACUGUGGAGAGAGAGCGGCAAGGCCAACAGGAACAGGAAGUGAUGUCACCAUUCUCUGACGAGUCCACCCUCUCAGUGCCGGAGCUACAGGAGACAAUGGAGAAGCUUUCCUGGCUGGCAUCUGAAGGGAGGUUCGAGGUCAUAGAGAGUUCAUUCUCCAACCCAGAUUCCGUGGCCCCUCCCCCUCCCGUGCCCCCCCUCCCCCAUGAUGACACAGAGCUACAGGGGUGUGACCCCCACAGGGAGAAGGAAGAGCUUGCGUAUGCACAGGAUUACCUCAACAGGGUGUGUGAGUCUCUCCAGAUGGUUCCGGGGCGUCUGGGGGACUUCCUGGCGGCCCUGUGUGAGUUUGAGCGUGGCGGGGGGCGGAGCCCCGUGGAGCUCUUCUCCCUGAUCAGGCCGGUUCUGCAGGACUGGCCCGACUUGCUGCGAGACUUUGCUGCCUUCCUCCACCCCGACCAGGCUCAGCACUGCGGCCUGUUGGCAGAGCAGCAGGCGUUUGAGCGUAGUCGGCGGUUCCUACGGCAACUUGAACUAAGCUUUGGAGAAGACUCCUCCCACUACCGCCAAAUCGUGAGCAUCCUCCAAGGAGGCCACGCCCACAGCCCUCUGGGUAUCAAGAAGAUGAAAGCACAGAUCACGGGCCUUCUCAAAGGCCACACCCACCUCCAGGAAGAAUUCUGGGUAUUUUUCGACAUGUUAUAUUCCCUGUCCUCUGAGGCAGAGCCUCAGGACACCUCAAACUACACUUCCCACAAUGCACCACAAAGAGGGAGGAGAAGACAGGCUUCCAAUCCCAGGAGAACCAAACGGAGAGAGCAGGAAGAGGGGGAGGAUGGGGGAGACAUGGAUGAGCAGGCCUGCGUCUGGGACAAUCCUGUCUGUGCCAAAAACAUCUCCCUCACCCCCACGGGAGAGAAGAUUAUACUCUGGACCAGAGAAGCAGAUCGAACAAUCUUGACGACCUGCCAGCUGAGUGGAGCCAAUCAGAGGACGUUUCAGACCAUCUCCGCCCAACUCGGCAACAAGACACCCAAUGAGGUGAGCGCACGUUUCAAGGACCUCAUGCGGUUGUUCCGCUCAGCCAAUCAAAGACCACAUUCAGACCAGGAAGAGGAAGUGAGCGCCACUGAGCAGGAAAUCAGCUCCACAGAACCUGCCCCAGACUGAACGUGUUUUGGGGAACCCCAGAAGGAAAAGUACCAGUGUUCUACCGGCUCAGAGCUGGAACCAGAACCAUAACAACAGCUUAGCUACCUGGACUCAAGAGAGUCGAGCGGGUUAUGAGGGAGGGAUGGAGAGAAAGAGUGAGAGAAGAAGAGGAAGCGAGAGGUAAAGAGAGAGUUUAAAUAGACACAUCAAGGACUGUGUCUUUCUCUCUCAGGGAGAAAUGUUUACAAAAACGCACCUUAUACCCCCAGCAUGUCGGCUAGGUGCCACAGUAGCAGUGCCGGUGCAUGUUAGGCUUCCUGUUUUAGCUGUCCAGCAGCUAGCGGGUGCUUCCUCGGAGACAAGCCUACACAGCCAACAUGGGACAGAUUCUGCAUGGCUUUGGAUGUGUGUUUUCCGAGACUCAAUUUUUUUUUUGUUUUUUUUUGUGUUGUGGGAGGGAGCAACUUAUCUUUUACUUUGAUUUAGGACAGUUUCAAUCUCUUUAAAGCUUUUUAAAGACAGGAGGAGAUUGUUUAGGAUGUAUAUAUGCCCUGUGAAGGAGUGUGCAGGGCUUACAUAUAGCUCAUGCACAGACAAGUGUCAGCUGAUGUUAACAAUAAAUCCUGGUGACUGGGCUGAUGAUGUAUUUGUCUAACGGGAAGCGCUUGAACAAUAAUUUUGAUAGUUGUACAACCUGUAUAAUAUGAUGUACUGUAAAAACGUGUGUAUGGAUGGCUACAACCACUCUUUUUUUAAUAUUAAAGUUGGAAGGGUUCAA